UUGAAACAAGCAACUUAUGUAACUGCAAUCGCUGUUGCUAACCAGGGAAUUGAGUUGCCUGUUGAUUUGAUCGACGGAAUUGCUUCAAGAGCUUUCACUGAUCCAUUCGGAACUUCUGUUUUAAUUGCAGCAUGCAACCAUCCAACAACAGCUGCACAUCUUUUGCAGAUGAUUGAACACGGUUUGAGAUGUCCAAUCACUGUUUCUGCAAGAAUGAUUUUGGUCGCUUCGAAACAUAAGGAAUUGAAGCCACUCUUGCAGGCUGCUGUAAGAGCUGUUCCGAUUAGUCAUGAUCAAGGCCUUAAGAAUUUGUUGGUUAGGAUUACAUCAUAA